AUCAUGUCUGACAACAGUACACUGAUGUCUGAAACUGGGAGGAGUCUCUUGGCUGAUUCUUCUGUUCUAGAUUCAAAAAUUAUAGAGAACUCAAAAGAGAAUGUAUUUCCUGCACCUGUUUCAGAUGUUGAAGAAGAAAUGCCUCAGAUAGAAACAAGAGUGAUUCUGGUUCAGGAAGCAGGGAAACGUGAAGAGCUUCUGAAAGCUUUGGAGACCAUAAAGAUAAUGGAAGUUCCAGUUAUAAAGAUAAAGAAAACUAGUCCUGAUAAAUCAGAAGAAAAACUAAUAAAAAGUAUUAUUCAUAUGGAAAUUAAAAUGCCCUACAUAAAGAUGGACUCAAUAGAAGAACUUGGAGAUUCUGAUUCCCCAGAGUUUGAGACGGUGUUUGUUGUAGCAGACUUCCAAGAUUCUGUGUUUAGCAACCUCUACAAAGCAGAUUGCCGUGUUGUUGGACCUCCAGUAGUACUGCACUGUGCACAGAAAGGAGAGCCUUUACCUUUCUCAUGUCGUCCACUGUACUGUGCAAGUAUGUUGAACUUGGUACUGUGCUUUACGGGAUUCAGAAAGAAAGAUGAAUUAGUUAAACUAGUGACCUUGGUUCAUCAUAUGGGUGGAAUUAUUCGAAGAGACUUUAGCUCAAAGGUUACACAUCUGGUGGCUAACACAACGCAAGGAGACAAAUUCAGAAUUGCUGUGAGUCUGGGUACUCCAAUCAUGAAAGCUGAUUGGAUUUAUAAAGCUUGGGAGAAAAGAAAUGAAAUUGAUUUCUGUGCGGCUGAUGAUGACUUUAGAAAUCAAUUCAAGGUUCCUCCCUUUCAGGACUGCAUGUUAAGUUUCCUUGGAUUCUCUGAUGAAGAGAAAGCUAGCAUGGAAGAAAUGACAGAAAUGCAAGGAGGACAUUAUUUGCCAGUUGGUGAUGACCGGUGCACACACUUAGUGGUUGAAGAAAAUUCAGUAAAAGACCUUCCAUUUGAACCUUUAAAAAGUCUUUAUGUUGUAAAGCAAGAGUGGUUCUGGGGAAGCAUUCAAAUGGAUGCCAGAGCUGGAGAGUCCAUGUAUUUAUUUGAAAAGUCGGAGAGUCCAGGCCUCAAAAAGUCUGUGUCGCUACUUUCUCUGAAUACUCCAACCAGCAACCGUAAAAGAAGGCGCUUGAAAGAGACGCUUGCCCAGCUGACCAGGGAAACAGACAUGUCGCCGUUCCCGCCUCGGAAGCGCCCCUCAGCCGAACAUUCGCUCUCUAUUGGGUCCCUGCUGGAUAUUUCGAACACUCCAGAGUCAAGCACUACCAACGGAGAAACGCCAAAAUCCUGUCCAAGGCCUUCUAAAAACUCAACGCCUCUGCCAUUGAAGCAGUCUGCAAGAUGGCAGGUUGCGAAGGAAUUAUAUCAGACAGAAAGUAACUACGUUGAUAUUCUAACAACAAUCAUUGAGUUGUUUCAAGUACCACUGGAAAAGGAAGGACAACUUGGAGGACCAAUCCUUGCACCGGAAGAGAUCAAGACCAUAUUUGGCAGCAUACCAGAUAUUCUUGAUGUUCACAUUAAAAUCAAGGAAGACCUGGAAGAUCUUAUGAUGAAUUGGACUGAAAGCAGAAGUAUUGGUGAUAUCAUUCUCAAAUAUUCAAAAGACUUGUUGAAAACAUACCCUCCAUUUGUGAAUUUCUUUGAAAUGAGCAAGGAAACUAUUACAAGAUGUGAAAAACAGAAGCCAAGAUUUCAUGCCUUCCUCAAGAUAAAUCAAGCUAAACCAGAAUGUGGCCGUCAAAGCUUAGCUGAACUCCUUAUCCGUCCUGUUCAGAGGCUGCCUAGUGUUGCUCUGCUUCUAAAUGAUAUUAAGAAGCAUACAGCAGAAGAAAACCCAGACAAAGUAACUCUAGAGAGAGCUAUUGAAUCAUUAAAGGAAGUGAUGACACACAUUAAUGAAGACAAAAGGAAAACUGAAGCACAAAGGCAGAUCUUUGAUGUUGUCUAUGAAGUUGAUGGAUGUCCAGCCAAUCUCCUGUCCUCUCACCGAAGCUUAGUUCAGCGUUUGGAAACUGUUGCACUUGGUGAUGAUCUCUGUGACAAGGGAGAGCAGGUCACACUCUUCCUGUUUAAUGAUUGUCUAGAGAUUGCAAGGAAACGGCAUAAAGUUAUUGGUGCUUUCAAGAGUCCCCAUGGUCACACCAGGCCUCCUGCAUGUCUCAAGCAUGUUGUUCUCAUGCCUCUCUCCCAGAUCAAGAAGGUGCUAGACAUCAGGGAAACGGAAGAUUGCCAUAAAGCUUUUGCCUUAGUUGUACGGCCACCUACAGAGCAGAACAACAAACUACUCAGUUUCCAGAUGACGACUGAAGAACCUCCCAAAGAAGACUGGUUGAAGACACUGUGUCGGCAUGUGGCUAACACAAUUUGUAAAGCAGAUGCAGAAAACCUCAUUUAUACGGUUGAUCCUGAUUCAAUUGAAGUAAAUACUAAAGAUAUGGACAGUACAUUAAGCAGAGCAUCCAGAGCAAUAAAGAAAACAUCAAAAAAGGUUACAAGAGCGUUUUCUUUCACCAAAACACCAAAAAGGGCUCUUCGAAGGGCUUUAAUGACACACAGUACCAUAGAAGGACGAAGUCCCUGCUCAACUAAUGAGAGUUUCAUGGGCAGCCGCCUGCCUAGUACCUCCUCACUAGCGGCUGUUCCUUCUCCUUCCUUGGUCAGCCUUCCUUCCAUCUUUGAAAAAAGGAGUCACACAUUAAGUCGAUCAACAACCCACUUGAUAUGAAACAGUUUUAAAAUACAAUGUCAUAUUGUAGUGACCAACAAGCAGCUGGCUGUUCAAAUGACCUGUUACUGACAUUAAUGGUACCUUAGUCAUUAGCACUUAGCAGUAAUUAGCAAAAUGUUAGUGAACACUAAGUUAAUCACAAGAGGUUUUUAGUUGUAUUGAAGCAGAUCAGCUAAU